CUCCCGACUUUCCCUUCAUGCCGUCCACUACUUAUUUUGAUCAAACUUGGGUUUCAAAGACUAAAAACAUCAUAGAAAAGAAGAAAUGUUGGCUAUAUUUCAUAAGGCUUUUGCUCACCCCCCUGAGGAGCUCAACAGUCCUGCAUCAUACAAUGGCGCUAAGAAGCCUAAGCUUCCCGAGGAAACUCUCAAUGAUUUCCUCUCUCGUCAUCCUCACAGCACUUCCUCCAUGAGCUUUGCAGAUGCAGCUGUGCUUGCUUAUGAUCGCCCUGACCCUCCUUGCCAACUUCGUCAAAGGUUGUUCUGUGGGUUUGAAGAUAUCUACUGCCUGUUCUUGGGGAGCUUGAAUAACCUAUUCUCACUCAUUAAGCAGUACGGUCUAUCGAAGGGCACGAACGAGGCCAUGUUUGUGAUCGAAGCGUACAGGACCCUUCGAGACCGGGGACCGUACCCAGCGGACCAGGUUAUCAAGGAUCUUGAUGGCAGCUUUGCCUUUGUUGUCUACGACAGCAAGACUGGAACUGUCUUUGCUGCACUGGGUUCUGAUGGUGGAGUUAAGCUGUACUGGGGUAUUGCCGCUGAUGGCUCUGUGGUGAUUUCUGAUGAUUUGGAGGUCAUAAAAGCGGGCUGUGCCAAAUCAUUUGCUCCCUUCCCAACAGGGUGUAUGUUCCACAGUGAGGGAGGCUUGAUGAGCUUUGAGCAUCCAAUGAACAAGAUGAAAGCAAUGCCAAGGGUAGACAGUGAAGGGGCCAUGUGUGGGGCCAACUUCAAGGUUGAUAAGUACACAAGGGUCAAUAGCAUUCCGCGUGUGGGAAGUGAAUCCAAUUGGACCCAGUGGGAUUCACGUUAGCUAAAAUCAUGUGGAUCCAAUUGUUCCCUGGAUUUGCCCAAUGUCCGUCUCUGUCAAAGUUCUUAUUUGUUGUACCUUAUGUUUGUUUUUCUUUAUGAUUGAAUGAGUACAAAUAAUGGGAUGAUCUUCUGGAUGUU